UGCGUUCGGACGUGUUGGCCGGUAGCGCGUGAAAAGGCGUGGACAGAGCGAAAUUAACGGUCACAAACAGGAGGCGCUGGCCGCCGAUUGUGCGUCGUUGUGCAACACAUUCCAACCUCGGUGCUAGCUCGCCGUAGUGUAUCGUUUGCGGAAAGUGCGUGCCGAAAACCAUUGUCCAUUUAGCGAUUGUGUUUGGUUUGGCGUCCAUUCAUAUUUUUUCCACUAACGGAGGACCAGUACUGCAGAACUGGUUAGUUGUUCCCUUCGUCCAAAGUGGUGAUUCAGUGCGUGUGCGAGUGAGAUAGCGCGCAGGUGUGAAGUUUGUCCUAAGGGGGAAGAGGUGCGGUAGUGGCUACAGUGGGUGCUUCUGCAAGGGAAAACGUAUCCCUUUUUCCGAGAUUGUGUACUUCCGCCAUCAUCGCAGCCUACCUGAUGCCUCAGUGUAGUAUCGACAGUGUUUGACAUAAAUCCAAGAAAGAAAGCAAAACACAAAGGCGCCUCAUCAGACGGGAGGAAAAUGUUAAAAUUCUUCACCCGCGGCCACUGGCUGCCGCGUGCGACAGCGGUUUGUGUGCUGUUAACCAUUGUGAAUUUAACCUCCGCAGAAUACUAUCAAAAAGAUUACUACUCCGAGUACGACUGCAACGAACCGCUGCUCGAACAUGCCGUCCUGUCCGCCACCUCACAGCUGCGAGAACGUGGUCCGGAAAAUGCCCGAUUGAACGGUGGCAACGCCUGGACCGCCCAGCAGUCCGACUUCGACCAGCAGUUCGUGAUCGAUCUGGGCGACGUGCGCAACGUCACGCGCAUCGAAACGCAGGGCCGGCCGCACAGCAGCGAGUACCUGACCGAGUACACCAUCAGCUACGGCUUCAACGGGCUCGACUAUAUCGACUACAGGGAGCCGGGCGGCAACACCAAGCUGUUCAAAGGCAACCAUGAUGGGGACACGGUCCGAACGAACUCCUUCGAGGUGCCCAUCAUCGCCCAGUGGAUUCGGAUCAAUCCCACGAGGUGGCAGAAUCGGAUUUCGCUGCGUGCGGAGCUUUACGGGUGCCGAUAUGAAUCCGAGAGCAUUUACCUGAACGGUACCGGGCUUGUGAGGUACGAUUUGCUGCGGGAUCCGAUUGCGGCCACCCGAGAGUCGAUCCGGUUCCGCUUCAAGACGGCCAACCCGAACGGGGUGCUGCUGUAUUCACGCGGAACCCAGGGCGAUUACUUCGCGCUACAGAUUAGCAAAAAUCGGAUGGUGCUGAACGUGGACCUCGGAUCGAAAAUCAUGACGUCGAUGUCGGUGGGCAGUCUGCUGGACGACAACAUUUGGCACGACGUGGUCAUCUCGCGCAACCGGCGCGACAUAAUCUUCAGCGUCGAUCGAGUGAUCGUGCAGCGGCGCAUCAAGGGAGAGUUCGAUAAGCUCAACCUGAAUCGAGAGUUCUACAUCGGUGGCGUACCGAACCUGCAGGAGGGUCUCAUCAUCCAGCACAACUUCACCGGUUGUAUCGAAAAUUUGCACUUCAACGCCACGAACUUUAUCCGCGAAAUGAAGGACGCGUUCUACGACGGCGAACACCUGCGCUACCGGAUGGUGAACGUGAACUACAACUGCCCCGAGCCCCCGAUCAACCCGGUCACGUUCCUGACGCGCGGCUCGCACGCCAAGCUGAAGGGCUACUACAGCUCGAAGCAGUUCAACGUCAGCUUCGCGUUCCGGACGUACGAGGAGAAGGGCCUGAUGCUGCACCACGAUUUCCUGCAGGGUUCGGUGCAGGUGUUCCUCGAGGAGGGCAAGGUGAAGGUGCGCCUAAAGGAGGACAACUACGAGCACAACCCGGGCACGAUACUGGACAACUACGAGGAGCAGUUCAACGACGGCAACUGGCAUCAUCUGAUGCUGACGAUUAAGAAGAACAGCUUGGUGCUGAGCAUCGACGAGCGUCCGAUGGAAACGUCCAAAUUGAUCGACAUAACGACGGGCAGUCUGUACUAUAUCGGUGGCGGUAAGACGAAGGAUGGCUUUGUUGGCUGUAUGCGAUCGUUCGCGAUCGAUGGGAACUACCGCAUCCCGACCGACUGGAAGGAGGAAGAGUACUGCUGCAAGGGCGAGGUCCUGUUUGAUGCGUGCCACAUGGUCGACCGGUGCAAUCCGAACCCGUGCAAGCACAGCGGUGUGUGCAAGCAGACGUCGAUGGAGUUUACGUGCGAUUGCACCGGCACCGGGUACGCCGGGGCCGUCUGCCAUACGCCCAUGAACGCGCUCUCCUGUCAGGCGUACAAGAACGUGCACGACGUGAAGCAACGUCAGCGUAUCGAGAUCGACGUCGAUGGCAGUGGCCCGCUCGCACCGUUCCCGGUGACGUGCGAAUUUUUCUCCGACGGCCGAGUGGUGACGGUGUUGAGCCACAGCUCGGAGCAUACGACGCGGGUGGACGGGUUUGCCGAGCCGGGUUCGUUCGAGCAGAACAUCAUCUACGAGGCGAGUUUGCCGCAGAUCGAGGCCCUGUUGAACCGAUCGAGCGAAUGCUGGCAAACGCUGACGUACGCGUGUCGUUCGUCGCGGCUUUUCAAUUCACCGUCCGAGGCGGAAAACUUCCGCCCGUACGCGUGGUGGGUUUCGCGGCACAAUCAAGCCAUGGACUACUGGGCCGGUGCGCUGCCCGGUUCGCGCAAAUGCCAGUGUGGCGUGGUCGGGGACUGCGUGGACCCGACGAAGUGGUGCAACUGCGACGCGAACCUGCUCGACUGGCAGGAGGACGGUGGGGACAUCCGGGAGAAGGAGUACCUGCCGGUGUGGGCAUUGCGUUUCGGUGACACGGGCACGCCGGUGGACGAGAAGCUCGGUCGGUACACGCUCGGCCCGUUGCGCUGCACCGGCGACAGUCUGUUCAGUAAUGUGGUCACGUUCCGCAUCGCGGACGCCACCAUCGACCUGCCCCCGUUCGACAUGGGACACUCGGGUGAUAUCUACUUCGAGUUCAAGACCACCGUCGAGAACGCGGUGAUGCUGCACGCACGCGGUCCGACCGAUUUCAUCCGGCUGGACAUUGUCGGGGGUACGAAGCUGCUAUUCGAGUACCAGGCCGGCACCGGAACGCAGAAGGUGUACGUGGAGAUGAGCAACAAGCUGAACGACGAUCGAUGGCAUUCGGUGAGCGUGGAGAGAAACCGCAAAGAGGCCCGGCUGGUGGUGGACGGUUCGACGAAGGCGGAAGUGCGUGAACCACCCGGUCCGGUUCGUGCCCUGCACCUCAACUCGACGCUUACGAUCGGAGCCACGUUGGACUAUCGCGAUGGCUACGUCGGUUGCAUUCGAGCGCUGCUGCUUAACGGUGAACCGGUUGACCUUCGUUCGCAUGCCGAACGGGGACUUUAUGGUGUCGUUCCGGGGUGCGUGGGACGUUGUGAGUCGAGUCCGUGUCUCAACAACGGUACCUGCACCGAGCGGUACGACGGAUUCAGUUGCGAUUGUCGCUGGAGUGCUUUCAAGGGACCGAUUUGUGCCGAUGAAAUCGGCGUGAAUAUGCGUUCGUCUUCGAUGAUCAAGUACGACUUCCAGGGUGCCUUCCGUUCGACACUGUCCGAGCGUAUCCGUGUCGGGUUCACCACGACCAACCCGAAGGGCUUCCUGCUCGGGUUCUUCUCCAACAUCACGCAAGAGUACCUCACGCUCAGUAUCUCCAACUCGGGCCAUCUGAAGGUGGUGUUUGACUUCGGGUUCGAGCGGCAGGAACUUAUCUACCCGGUGAAACACUUCGGGCUCGGCCAGUACCACGAUGUGCGCUUCUCGCGUAAGAACUCCGGCUCGACGGUGGUGCUGCUGGUGGACAACUAUCAACCGCAGGAGUACCACUUCGACAUCAAGGACUCGGCCGACGCCCAGUUCAACAACAUCGAGUACAUGUACAUCGGCAAGAACGAGUCGAUGAAGGAUGGGUUCGUGGGGUGCAUUUCGCGCGUCGAGUUCGACGACAUCUACCCGCUGAAGUUCCUGUUCCAGGAGAGUCCCCCACCGAACGUGCGCUCGCUCGGAACGCCCCUGACGGAGGACUUUUGCGGUGUGGAACCGGUGACGCAUCCGCCGAUCGAAAUCGAAACCCGUCCCCCGCCGCUGAUCGACGAGGAUAGGCUUCGUGAUGCGUAUGGUCCCGAUACGGCCAUCCUUGGAAGUGUUUUGGCCGUCAUUCUGCUGCUGCUGAUCAUCAUGGCCAUACUGAUCGGUCGGUACAUGAACCGCCACAAGGGUGACUACCUCACGCAGGAGGACAAGGGUGCCGAGGCGGCCCUCGAUCCGGACGAUGCCGUCGUCCAGUCGACCACCGGACACCAAGUCACGAAGCGAAAGGAAUUCUUCAUCUAAAACCCCAUCGCCACGCGGGGAUUUUGGAGGAGCACAAGGAGCAAACGAUUCGGUGGGGGCAGCGAACUUGAGAUAAGGGAAAGGUGGCGGUCGCAUCCCCUCUACCCCCUUCUCUUUUCUUCCACCGACCAAAUCGAUCUGUUGUAAAUACUAUUUGCGUGUGUAUUAUGUGCUCGGGUGGAAGAAGAGAACUGAAGGAAAGGGGGCGCAGCGGCAGAGGUGAGGGGGAUGCACAUGACCAAAAAGCGAUGACCAAUUCUCCCCUCAAGCAAGCCGAACAACAGCAACAACAGCAAUACAACAAAGGGAACGAACAACAACCGGAUAUGGCCAUCGAUGGAUGUGUGUGUUUGUUGCGCUCUGAUGCAUUUUUCUCAAUCAUUCUCCUUGUGUUUUUUUCCUUUGAAGAAAAAAAAAAACUAUUCUAAUCUUAAGUGAAAACGAAACUUUAAUUUUUAUAAUUUCACCCGUCCAUUAAAUGUACUUCGGAACGCGAAAAGAAACGAAGCAAAACAGAGUUAGGAACUGUAGAAGCGUGAACUAUAGAUGAAUGUUGUUGCAAGUAAGGGUUUUUACUCUUGUUUUUUUUCUCUUAUAUUUAAGCGUAAUGGUUAGGUUAGGACUCUUAUUUUGUUCAAUUUCACAUUUAGAUAGUUUUUUUAAAGUAAAAAGAAACCUAUUCGAACGUUCGCUUAGGUUGCAUUUUCGAAACAGAUUCUGUACGACCCUUUAGAUCCAAUUCAAAUUCAAAGAAUCUCCUUUUUCUUACCAACGGGUGGUAAAUGGACCACAACAAAAGAGCGAAUCUCAAAAUGGAACGUAGCAUAUAAACGAGAAUCUUUUGGUUUGGUAAUCUGAGGGUUGUAAUUUAAGCACUGAGAACCGAAAGCUACCUAGUGCUAGUAGUUGAGGCACUUUAUCGACUAUAGAGUAUUAUUAUUGCGCCUUGCUCGUUGAAUGAGAAGUUGGAACAAACCGAUAGAAAAAACGACAAACCAGUCCAACGGUGAGCAUUCAAAAUCCAAAAGAAAAUGCGACAAGAAAAUGCGCAUACAUUAUUCUCAGAAACUAAUUGUGAACCAGACCGCGACAGGGUUGGGAAAAUUCGCUCGAACAUUUCCCGGCUACCAGGCGUUGAUUUCUCCAGCAUUAUAAAAUUUUCUAAACGAUCGCUACAAGUAUAAAAUGCACCACUUUCAUCACAGAUAAAUGACAUUGUAAUAGGGCUAUCUUUGUUUUAUUUUCUACCAGUAAAGAAGUUAAGCGAGAAGAAAUUUCGAACACAGA